AUGGCUUUUGAUCCUUCUGUGCUGCCCAAGGAUUUCCUUGUCACUUCUUUUCAAUUCACAAAGAAUGUGCAUCGCGACCAAUACCCCUCGAUUGACCCCACAAAGCCCGAAAUCGCUCUCGACGGAAAGGUUGUGGUGAUUACUGGUGCAAGCCGUGGUAUUGGGGCCAAGGCCUUCGCCCCGGCAUUUUCCAAAGCUGGUGUAAAGGCACUCGUUCUCAUUGCGACGAGUGUUUCAAAGCUCUACGCCGUCGAGGACGAGGUCAAACUGAUCAAUCCUUCGAUCCAAACAUUGUCGCUGGCUGUCGACAUAACAGACAACGUCUCUGUCGAGAAAGCUUUCUCCAAAAUCGAGAAAGAAAUCGGACAUGCAGACAUACUCAUCAAUAACGCUGGUGUUAGCAAUGAAACCUUCGGAGCCUCCUUUGCGGACGAGGAUCCGGAUGUUUUCUGGUCCAAUUUUGAGGUCAACGGGAAAGGCACGUAUCUGGUCACGCGUGCCUUUAUCAAAAGCCUCCCCAAUCCUGAUACAUCUGCUGUUAUCAUCAACAUGAUAUCUGGUGCGGGGUGGGUAAUUAACCCGAGCCAUUGCGCCUAUGGAGUAUCAAAGCUGGUAGCUCAGCAGUUAACCGUCAAUACCGCGGCUGCUUAUCCCAACAUGACUAUCGUCGCCUUGAAUCCUGGGCUGAUCGACACAGAUAUGGUACCUCCCCCUCUGCGGCCGCUCGGAUUCGACACGCCGGAGUUGGUCGGAGGGUUGGCGGUGUGGCUGUCACAUCCACAUGCGAGGUUCUUGAGUGGAAGAACGCUGUGUGCUCACUGGGAUGUCAACGACCUCUUGGAGAGGAAGAAUGAGAUUAUCAAUAGCAGUCAACUAAGGAUGGCGCUUGUUGGUCCAUUUGGUCCACAGCAGUUUCGAUGA